CACUCACGGAGGUUUGCAUCAGUCUGACCAAUUUGGAGAAUCUUUAUUUACCAGAAAUACAGUCCGCCUGAACAGUACUUUCAACAGUCGUUCCGAAUUUUGACUGUGGAGACCACAGAUUCAGUGCUACCGGUAGUAUCAUGUAGCGAUACAACUAGCAUUCGUAAAUCCGCCAGUGACAGUAAACGUUUUCGAAGUUUGAUGUCAAUUAUCCACCAACGCUCAUGGUCUUGCAACUUGCCACCAAGCUAGAAUUUCUCCUUUCACGUUGGAGAGCCAGUGUACAAACACAGUCCCUCGGCGCUGUUCGAAUACGCCGUCAUUAUACGAUGUACCGCGGUAGUUCCGAGCGGAUAGCGGUGAUCCUCGACUUUGAUGGGACAAUAACCACGAAGGACACCAUCUCGACCCUGGCUAAUAUCGGCCUCUCAUCUCAGAAAGAUCAGGGGAUCGAGCUUUCAAGAGCAUGGGCUUCCAUUCUCUCGAAGUACAGUGAAGAUUACUCAAACCAUAUCAAGGCCUAUAGGCCAGUGAAGGAGGAAAGGUCAACUCUGGAAGAAGAACUCAAGUACUACAGGAGUCUCCGUGAAAUUGAGCUAAAGAGCUUCGCACGUGUAAGCAAUUCGGGCCUAUUUAAAGGAAUCGAGGAUUGGGAAAAACAUGGACACGAUGCGGUCAAAGAGGGGCAAGUGAUUGUAAGGAAAGGUUUUCAAGAGUUUGUGACGAGCCUUGCAGAUUGCGGAAUUGUCUGGGGAGUGGUCUCAGUGAACUUUUCGUCUGACUUCAUUCGAGGAGUUCUCAAAGCAACUGUCGGUGAUAAAAAGGCGAAGGUGAGCAUAUUGGCAAAUUCGAUACUUAGUGGAGGCUUCAUUGUCGGUCUUGAAAUUGAGGAACGAGCGUCUCGUCCUGUAAUGGCUACAUCUGGUGCAAAAUUUUCUGCUACGAAGAGGCUCCUUUACACAUGGGGUAUCUCAUCAGAACAAGAACAGCAAACGUUGCUUUAUAUUGGAGACUCAGGAACAGAUAUAGAGUGCUUGACCGCAAAUGGGGUAACUGGGGUUGUUAUGUCUGAUGAUGGACAGAGUGACUUAAUGAAGAGGUUGAAGCAGAUUGGGAUAUACGUUGGUAACAUUCAGAUUGAUCAGGGGAACCAAGAACAAAUGUAUUGGGCACGGGAUUUUGACGAAAUCGUUGGCAGCCCUGUAUUCAAACAAUUGACCCAGAUUCAUCAGAAGGAAUAGCCAUAUAUAUGAG